GUAUCAACAUCCUAUAACAAUCUCGACAAAACUACAAAUAACUGAAUUUAGGGUAUCUACAAAGAAUGAAGAGUCUUAUGUAUUUCCAGAAAUCCCUUUAAUUAAACUAGAAUCUAUUGGAGUAUCAAUUAACUACGAUAAGACAGCAAAUAAAAAAUAUGAGGCGUCACUAGACGGAAUAUUUACUUUGAACGACGGAACAAAACUUAAAUUAAUUAUUGUAAAAUCAAAGUCUGAUGGUAAUGAUGCCAUUUUCGCAAAUGUAUAUUCUAUUGAAAAUGAUUGCUCUGUCAAUAUUUCAAAUGUUGUUGAUACACUUUUGCAGUCAGAUGUUAAUGGUGAUGAUAAAUGGUCACGUAGAAAACCUGAGGAUAUGAAAUCACCAAAAUUCGUCGUAAGACCAUCCAGUCCAGAAGCUUACUUUUAUAUUCAUCUUUUCAAAAAGAUUGUUGCAUUAUAUGUGACGAUUGAGGAGAUUGGAAAUGCUAUGCUCUUAUUUAAAAAAUUAAAUACAAAGUCCUCGACUGUAAUGAGAAUAUUACCUUCAGAAAAAUGGGGAUAUGUUUUUGCAUUAAAAACUUCUCAAGACUUUCAAUUUAAAGACUUGUUUAUUUCAUCACCUAUAGUAUUUAAUAUAGAUAAGACGUUAUCUUUAACGCUUGGUAAUCUCGUACUCGUAUCAUAUCAAGAUGCAACAUUUGAUCAUAUUAAGGAGGAACUAAAUAACAUAAUUAAGGAACUCGAUAAAAGAGUAGAUGAUAAACAAUUAGAUGAUAUCAUUUCAAUUAAAUUACCUUCGGGUCGGGAAGAUGUUUACAAGCCUACAUUAAAGCAAGGUGUAAGUUUAUAUUCAGAAAUAAAUUAUAAAUCAAACUAUAUUUUAUUAGAAAAUUUUCAUGCAACAAUUAUUCCUGAGUCUGAUUCACCAGAAAUUAAGGUCGCGUUAUGCUUGGGUACUGGCGCUUUGGUUGGUAGUGAAUUUAGAGGAGCUGUCAAGAAUCUAACAUUGUAUAGCGGAUUAAGCUUUGAAAUGAUUACAUUUACAUACAAACCAAGCGUCACUGAAGACGAAAUACCGAAAUUAAGUAUUAAAGGAAUGUUGAAUUUCAAAGAUCUUUUUGUUCUUGACACAGAUUUUAAAGUCAGGGGAAAUUUGAAUAUAAGUCAAAAUAAUUCUUUAUUCGAAGUGGAAUCAAAAACAAUGCCAUCAAUUAUUAACCACCUAUUUAAAAUAUGGGUUAAAGUUAUGUUUUCAAGAAAUACAGAAGAGAUUAUUUUAGAAGGAAAGUUACUAUUUUCGGGUGGAAUAUUCCAAGUUCUCAGCAUUAACAUCAGUCAAAAAAUUGGAAUUAUGUAUAUAUUACAUACAUUUAUUAAUGAUACGAUAGAAUGGCCAGAUUUCCCAGAUAUCACUUUUCGUAGUGGAAAGUUAUAUUAUUCCAAAAAAGAAAUAAACAUUGGUGAAAAUUUUUAUGCUAAAGGACUUUAUGCUAAAGCUCAUAUAGAUUUCUUUGGCGUAAAUGAUCUUGAAGUCAUUGCAAAAUUCAAUGAUGAAAAAAAUGUUGAAUUAAUAUAUGCUGACAAAAAUUCGAAAAUAAAUUUAGGACUUGUUAAAUUGUUCAAAUACAAGAUAUCAUUAGAGAUUAAUAAGAACAGCAUCGAUAUAAAAGGUUUUCUCAAAUUAUUUGAUAUUAGUUUCGCUGGACUUCAUUUAAAUUAUGACAUAGAAACACGAAGUUUUAAGGGAAAAAUUAACAUAGAGGAAGAUAAACCUGUACUUGGUAUAAAUAAUCCUGCAAUCAUAGGGUGUUGGUCAGAAACGAAUAAAUUCAUGAUUACAAAAUGGCCAUGUGCUUUUAAAUUGUCAUGGGAUGCGGCAGAAUUUGCAAGGCUUAUUGAAAAUGCCUCGACUAACUCGUGCCAAAUUAUUUCCGGUCUUGAACUUAAUGAAACAUUCAUAGGAAAGUUUGCAAUAAAUUUAAAACAACUCGAAACUCAGAAUGAAAAUUUUGUUUACUUCUCUCUUGAAGGAAAUUAUUCGAUAAUCGUCGAAAGCGAGGCAGACAAUAACAAACCAAUAGAAGAAAUUAAAAUUUCUCUAUCCAUCCAAUUUGAUUUAAUAAACGCCG